AUGAAUCUUACGCUCAUGGACAAGUGCUGCGCCUUCGAGUCUCCCACCCUGGACACGCUUUUACCUCCAAUUCUGAUCCUGGAGUUCAUGUUUGGACUGAUGGGGAACUUUGUCGCACUGUGGAUGUUCAUCUUUCACAUGGACACCUGGAAGCCCAACUCUGUGUACCUGACUCACCUGGCUGUCGCUGACUCCAUCGUGCUGUUCUGCCUGCCAUUCAGAGCAGACUACUACAGGCGUGGAAAGAACUGGCUGUAUGGCGAUAUCCUGUGUCGUAUUCUGCUCUUUCUGCUGGCAGCCAACCGUGCAGCGGGGAUCUUCUUCCUCACUGCCGUGGCUGUUGAUCGAUACUUCAAGAUCGUCCACCCAUUGAAUCGGAUCAACCAAAUGGGCCUGGGCUAUGCUCUCUGGGUCUCUCUCGGCAUCUGGGCUCUGAUAUUUCUUGCGACUGGUUACCUUCUUGCCAAUGAGCACUUUUUCUACAACAGCAACCGCACACAGUGUGAGAGUUUCAAUAUCUGCAUGGGCUUCAGCCCCCUCUCCACCUGGCACAAUACUUUCUAUGUCACCCAGUUCUUCCUGCCUACUGUAAUCGUCGCCUUCUGCACAGUCAGAAUCACCUGGCAGCUGAGAAGCAGGACUGUGGACAAAUCGGGGAAAAUCAAGCGGGCUGUUCAGUUCGUGUUGGCUGUGGCGCUGAUCUUUAUUGUGUGUUUCUUUCCCAGCACUAUAUCGCGUAUCGCUGUAUGGAUCCUUAAGUUAUGGUAUGAUGAGUGCAAAUAUUUUGAGGAGGCCAACCUGGCAUUCUACACAUCGGUGUGUUUCACUUACUUCAAUAGCGUCCUCAACCCUGUGGUGUAUUAUUUCUCGAGCCCAUCCUUUAGUGGCGCCUUUAAAAUGAUCCUGAACAAACUGCUGAGACGGAGUCAAAUAGAUGAGACAGAUUCUUCUGAGAAUAACAUUUCCUCCGUUGAAGGGAAAAGGUUGUGA